CCGGCAGCGAGUGCUACCUCUGUGACUGUUAGCCAGUGCAACACCAGCUCCAUUCAGUGCUGCAACAGUGUCCAAAGCUCAUCUUCCCAAUCCUCCGACUUGCUCCUAGGUCUUCUUGGGAUUGUCCUUGACACCGUCGACGGUCUGAUCGGCAUCGGCUGCAGCCCCAUCUCGGUACUCGGUCUCGGCAACGGCGGAUGCAAUGCCUCACCGGUCUGCUGUGAGAACAACAGUUUUGGUGGCUUGAUUUCGAUCGGUUGUGUCGUCAUACAACUUUGA